ACUAGCUUGACACCUCUCCAACAAUUCUAGCAUGUUCUCAACAAGUGUCUAAAAAAAAUGUAGAAUCCAUGAUUCACUUAACAACUGGGAAACAAAAUCUUGCAUGAUCUCAACACUAGGGAAGUUUGAACUAGUACUCUGAGCAGAAGCACAAAACCUACUGGUAUGGCAGGUCGGGGGAGGAAUAAGAAACUGUUGCAUGCUCAAAUCAGUGACAAAAAGAAGACCAAAACUGAGAGCGAGAAAAGGAUAGAGAUAAACAGGGCUCCUGUGUUAACUUUGUGGGUGGCGGUGGUGGCAGAAAGGGAGGGCUAUUCUUUUCAAGAAGGCCUCUCAUUUGGCAAGCUCAUAGCGGGUAUAUUUGCUCACUCCAAAGGACGGAGGCUGGGCAUUUAUGAAGAAGAUGAACAAGAUAAGGAACAAAGGAAGCGCAAGAGAAAACAGGCAGAGAAAAUUUGUGUAUUUGGUAUGAAGAUUGCAGCACAUACCAUUAAGGAAGGUUCUCGCCUUGCUAUGCAAAAUAACAAGCCAAUAUCCCCUGCUUCUGUGGAGUCAUACCUGCGCAGAGCUUUUGGGCCUCACUAUGAACAAGCAAAAGAGGCACUGCAGGGCCUUACCAGGGCAUACCCUCCGAAGCAAAUAGGUUCAGAAGCUUAUUCUUUGUAUGAGAAAAUAAGGCCCCAGGUUCAAGGGGGCAUAAGGGGCUGGGGUGCUAAGGGAUAUCUUGAUCUCGACCUUGUUGAACAGCUGCAAAGCGAAGCAGAAAAUGCUUUAACUACAUAGAUUCCAUCUCUUUGUAAAUGUGUUCUGUAACAUUCUACAGAUUUUGUAAAUAUGUAGAUUAACAAUGAGUAGCUGUAAUGCAUAUCAUAGUAGAUAUUGUAUGUGUGCUCUCUUCCCUCAAAGAAAAAUGCAACAGUAAAGGGCAAUUACACUGUACAAACGAGGGCCUGUGGUAGCUUGUUACUUCAUUUUCACAAGCAAUUGUAGCAUCUUUACUUUCUGCAAAGUAGCCUGUAAAAAUAGCACAAUAGUAUUGGGGAAGAACUAGUUUAGUCUGUUCCAAUAGUUGUGAGGUUGGUUUUUUUUGUUUUUUUUUAAAUUUAUUUAUUUAAUUUGGUAAAUUAAUUUUUA